AAGGGAAAGGGAGUGCAGUGAAGGAAGGGACUUUUGGAGACGGGAGUAUUAAUUAUUUGCAUACAGUAAAUUGAUUGUCUGCGGCUAAUAUUAAUUUUCGAUAUCUGUUGUAGAUUGGUAUGGUAUAGGCUAGUAAAGAUUUUUUAAGGAACAUGGAUGAUAAGAAUGAAACACCUGAAAAUGAACAGCCCCCUGGCGAUCCACACGAUAAAGAUUCCAAACCUAAAAGCUCUAAGAAAAGAAAUCGCAGAAAAAAGGCUAAUGGAGUUGACAAUGAAGUAGCUCUCGACACUGCAAUAAACGAUGCUGAACUUCAAGCAGGAUGCAAUUUUUCUAUCCAGGACAUCCGCAAGGCUAUGGAGAUGCUGUCUCUUCAGCAGAAACCAGCCAAGACAACGGAGGAAGCUCUUCAGAAGCAGUAUCAGUUUUGGAGCACCCAGCCCGUUCCUAAAAUGGAUGAGAAGAUCACAGUGAAUGAGCCGAUUGAGCCGGAGAAGCUUCCCAAUGAGAUUCGCCAGGAACCGUACUCACUGCCAGAUGGGUUCCAGUGGGAUACUCUCAACUUGGACGACCCUCUGGUGCUCAAGGAGCUAUACACACUGCUCAAUGAGAACUAUGUGGAGGACGACGACUCUAUGUUCAGGUUCGACUAUCCUCCGCAGUUCUUGAAAUGGGCACUACAACCACCUGGAUGGCUGAGGGAGUGGCAUUGUGGAGUCAGAGUGACCAAGAGUGGUAGACUGGUGGGCUUCAUAAGUGCUGUCCCAGCAUCUCUUAACGUAUACAAUCAAACUCAGAAGAUGGUAGAGAUCAAUUUCCUUUGUGUACAUAAAAAGCUGCGCAGUAAAAGAGUGGCGCCCGUACUUAUCAGAGAGAUCACAAGAAGAGUGAACCAGACGGGGAUCUUUCAAGCAGUGUAUACAGCCGGUGUGGUAUUGCCCAAGCCCAUAGGAACUUGCAGAUACUGGCAUCGAUCACUGAACCCCAAGAAGCUGAUAGAGGUGAAAUUCUCGCACCUGAGCCGCAACAUGACAAUGCAGCGGACUCUCAAGCUGUACAAGCUGCCUGACUCGACCAGGACACCGGGGUUCCGUAAACUCACUGCUGACGACAUCCCCAAGGCUCACAAACUGUUGGCUGGCUAUUUAUCAAGAUUUGAUUUGGUGCCGCUAUUUUCGGAAGAGGAGUUUCGCCAUUGGUUUUUGCCUCAGCCAGGAAUUGUAGAUUCAUUCGUGGUAGAAAACAACGGUGAAAUUACUGAUAUGGUGAGUUUCUACACGCUGCCAUCCACGGUGAUGCAUCAUCCUGUACAUCGUACACUCAAGGCAGCGUAUAGCUUUUACAAUGUCUCUAUAAAAACUGCAUGGAUAGACCUCAUGCAAGAUGCCCUAAUAUCUGCCAAAAAUGCUGGCUUUGAUGUGUUCAAUGCCUUAGAUCUGAUGGAAAAUAAAGAAUUCUUAGAACCUCUGAAAUUUGGGAUUGGUGACGGUAAUUUGCAGUACUACCUGUACAACUGGAGGUGUCCCUCUGUCGCACCAAACAAGAUCGGACUGGUUCUACAGUGAACUCAGCCAAUUCAACACCAAGUCACUCUCUGUGUUGCUACACUCAUUCUGUAAAUAUCAGUGUUCUGUCCGACCCCAAGGCUAGCCAAUAAUCAAUUGUUUUCUUUGUUCAAAUAAACAUCUAGUUGCUUAUAAAUAAAGGAGUUGUAACGGCUACUUGCAUGAAGACAUUUUAACUGGCUGAAGAGAACCUAUUGAAAUCUGUUAGGAUUCACUGUUAAUUUAGACAAGAAUGUUUGCAUUUUAAGAAUAUGUUACCAGUCAAAACUCCUUUUCACUGCAAAAUUUGUAUUUAGGUUUCAAACCUGAAUUUGGAAGGUAGGCUAUUAGUUUAUCAAAAAUCAACAAUUAUACUAUAUUGGUUUUUAUACAAUAUUAUUGUAAACAAAUUAAACACUAUAUAAUUUAA